UGCAUAAAAGCCAUGAGCGAGAAAAGAGUGAUGUAUCCAAGUCUUGCGGUGAGAAAAGGGCUAAACAUGGCGUCGAUCGCGUCGUGGGAGGAAGGUGGAGAGAAAGCGGUCGAAGAGUCAAAGCGAAGCUGGUGAGAUCGAAUCAGUGUGCUCCGCGAGGACCUAAAAGUUUCAAUCUACUGACGACUUCGAGAUCCAGAUGGAUGCCGCUAGAAACUGGUUUCAUAAAUUGCAACCUAGAGGGGAGAAACUCAAGCCUGGAACGGCGAAGAAGGAAGCAGGAAGUGCCAAGGAUAUGCAGAAGCCUCCGGUUGAUGAGGCACCUUCGAACAUCACGAAGCAGAAGGUAGCUGCCGCAAAGCAAUAUAUAGAGAACCAUUACAAGGCCCAGAUGAAGUCCUUGCAAGAUCGAAAGGAGAGGCGCUGGAUCCUGGAGAGGAAGCUUGCUACUGCAGAAGUUUCUGAAGAAGAGCAGCACAAUUUGCUGAAGAAUUUAGAGAAAAAAGAAACAGAAUAUAUGCGUCUUCAAAGGCAUAAAAUGGGAGUGGAUGAUUUCGAACUUCUGACCAUUAUUGGCAGAGGGGCAUUUGGAGAGGUCAGACUUUGUAAAGAGAAAACAACUGGGCAUGUAUAUGCAAUGAAAAAACUUAAAAAGUCUGAAAUGCUUCGUAGGGGUCAGGUGGAGCAUGUGAAAGCUGAAAGAAACUUGCUUGCAGAGGUGGAUAGUUCUUACAUUGUCAAACUCUACUUUUCUUUUCAAGACGAAGAAUAUUUAUAUCUUAUCAUGGAGUAUCUUCCUGGGGGUGACAUGAUGACUUUACUCAUGCGUAAGGAUACAUUGACAGAGGACGUGGCCAGAUUUUAUGUUGCAGAAACAGUAUUAGCUAUUGAAUCCAUUCAUAAACAUAAUUACAUUCACAGGGACAUCAAACCAGACAACUUAUUGUUAGAUCGAAAUGGUCACAUGAAGCUAUCAGAUUUUGGGUUGUGCAAACCUCUGGAUAGUAGUAGUUUUCCCAAUCUUAAUGAGCCUGAUUAUUCAACAGGAAGAAAUGUGAAGCAUGUUCUGGAUGAUAAGCGAUCUAAUGUCUCUCCUGCUCCUAGGCGUACUCAACAGGAACAAUUGCAACACUGGCAAAAGAACAGAAGGAUGUUGGCUUACUCAACUGUUGGCACACCUGAUUACAUUGCUCCAGAAGUUCUGCUUAAGAGAGGAUAUGGAAUGGAGUGUGACUGGUGGUCUCUUGGAGCAAUUAUGUACGAGAUGCUUGUGGGUUACCCACCAUUUUAUUCUGAAGAUCCAAUGUCAACGUGUAGAAAGAUUGUAAAUUGGAGAAACCACUUAAAGUUUCCUGAAGAGGCUAAGCUCUCACCUGAAGCUAAAGAUCUUAUCAGCAGGCUUCUGUGCAAUGUAGAACAUAGACUUGGGACAAAGGGUGCUCAUGAAAUAAAGGCGCAUCCAUGGUUUAAAGGCAUUCAUUGGGAGAGACUAUACCAGAUGGAAGCUGCUUUCAAACCAGAGGUUAAUGAUGAGUUGGACACUCAAAAUUUUGAGAAGUUUGAGGAGACUUCAGGUUCAGUUCAAACUUCUUCAAAAUCUGGCCCGUGGAGAAAGAUGCUUCCAUCUAAGGAUGUCAACUUUGUGGGUUAUACGUACAAAAAUUUUGAAAUCGUAAAUGACGAUGAAGUUUCGGGGAUUGCUGAGCUAAAGAAAAAGAGUAAUAAGCCAAAGAGGCCAACAAUCAAAUCAUUAUUUGACAUGGAUACAAGUGCUACUCCAAAUCAGCCCGUCCAAGGAAGUUUUCUCAAACUGUUACCUACACAGAUGGAGGUGCCUGAAAGCCUCGAGUCAUCCUCUCAGUCCAGCAGUUCUUCUCUGGAUCAACCCCAAUCUCGAAAUAGAUAGCACUAAGAGCUCCAUGAUCUGCUUGUUAAUAGCUAAAACAACCAAGGAGGACAUCGGCUUGGUUCCUGUGCUAUCUUUUCCAUCAUUGUGUACAUAGAAAGGGGCGGCGCAGAGCCAUCGGCUUGGUUACCUGUAAAUUUGUGGUUCUGAUCACAUGAAGGUUUCUUUGGAUUCUUUAAUUUUUGCAACAAUGGAUUUGAUAUGACAUGAAGAAUGGUCAUCGUAAUGUGAUUUAACUACUGAUAA